UGCCAGGUGGCGUGCUUGGAAAGCAUCCGCAUCCUGUCCCGGGACAAACACUGCCUCGAGCCCUUUGCCACCCAGGAGGGCCUGAAGACCCUCGCCCGGCACGCCGGCAUCGAGCACUCGGAGGAGCUCAUCCGGGAGGUCCCAGACUUGGACGUGAUCCUGGAAUCCCUCAAAUGUCUCUGCAACAUCGUCUUCAGCAGCCCUCGGGCGCAGGAGCUGGCGGCGGGGGCCGGGCUGGUGGUGGGGCUGGCCAGGCGUGUCAAGCUGUACAACGAGAGGAGCCUCCCCCACGAGGUCAAGUUCUUCGACCUGCGCCUGCUCCCUCGGCAGGAGACGGAGCGAGCCAUGGAGAUCCUGAAAGUGCUCUUCAACAUCACCUUUGAUUCCAGCAAGAGGGAGGUGGACGAGGAAGAUGCUGCUUUGUACCGGCACCUGGGUGCCCUCCUGCGCCACUGCCUCAUGAUCUCUGCUGACGGAGAGGACCGGACGGAGGAGUUCCACAGCCAUACCGUUAACCUGUUGGGCAACCUGCCCCUGAAGUGUCUGGAUGUCCUCCUGACCCCAAAGGUCCGGCCAGGCUCACUGGAGUACAUGGGAGUCAACAUGGAUGCAGUCAGCAUCCUGCUGGAUUUCCUGGAGCGGCGCCUGGACAGGGGACACAAGCUGAAGGAGAGUUUGACCCCUGUGCUGAACCUGCUGACGGAGAGUGCCCGGGUGCACCGCCAGACGAGGAAGUUCCUGAAGGCGAAG